AUGGGAGAAUUUGACCUAGAAAAAACAGCAAGCGUCAAGCCUGCCUCGAGCAGUAAUGAGACCGGCGUGAUCGAUACUGAUGCCUCCCGUCUUGCUGAAAUGGGAUAUACCCAGGACCUGAACCGCAAUUUCUCGAUUCUCUCUUUGAUCGGAAUUGCCUUCUGUAUGUCUAACUCUUGGUUCGGUAUAUCGGCCUCCAUGAUUACGGGAAUCAAUUCGGGAGGAACUACGCUCAUCAUUUACGGUCUGCUCUGGAUCACCAUUGUCUCAUUGGCUGUGGGGUCCUCACUUGCUGAGCUUGCCAGUGCCAUGCCCAAUGCUGGUGGUCAGUACUUCUGGGCUCACAAACUGGCCCCGCGGAAAUGGGCUCGCUUUGCUUCAUAUCUUACCGGCUGGUUCGGUUAUGCGGGUGCCAUUUUCGCGUGUUCCAGCGUCGUUUUGGGCCUGGGACAGGCUACUGUUGGCAUGUGGAAGCUUGGACACCCCGAUUUUGAGAUCGAGUCAUGGCACAUCGUUGUAGCCUAUCAGCUGAUUAACUUCUUCUGCUUCCUCUUCAACUGUCUUGGCAAAUCCCUGCCUGCAGUCGCCAAAAUGACUCUCUACAUUUCCCUCAUCAGCUACUUCGUUAUCCUGGUGACAGUCCCCGCCUGUGCCCGUCCACACGCUAGCGCCGAGUUCGUCUUCGGUCACUUCAGCAACACGACAGGAUGGAAGUCAGACGGCAUGGCCUUCAUCGUUGGCCUCAUCAACCCGAACUGGAUCUUCGCCUGUCUCGACUCCGCAACCCAUCUCGCCGAGGAAGUUCCCCAGCCCGAGAAGAACAUCCCCAUCGCCAUCAUGGCCACUGUUGGAAUUGGCUUCGUUACCUCGUGGACUUACUGCAUUUCCAUGUUUUUCGGCAUCAAGGACCUGGACUCUCUAGUCAACUCCAGCACUGGCGUUCCCAUUCUGGAACUUUACUAUCAGGCCCUGGAUAACAAGGCCGGCGCUAUUGUGCUUGAGACACUGCUAGUAGUCACCGGUAUGGGCUGCCAGAUCGCUUGCCACACCUGGCAGUCGCGCCUGUGCUGGGCUUUUGCGCGCGACGGCGGUCUGCCCGGUCACAAGUGGUUGUCCCAGGUCAACAAGACCCUGGACGUGCCUCUGGUAGCACACGCGGUCAGUUGCUUCAUUGUUGGUGCCCUGGGCCUCUUGUACCUUGGCUCGUCAACCGCAUUCAACAGUAUGAUGACUGCCUGUAUCUCCCUUCUCUACGUGUCCUAUGCGAUCCCUGUUAUCUGCCUAUGGUACCAGGGUCGCAACAACAUCCAGCACGGCCCCUUCUGGCUGGGCAAGCUGGGUGCUGCCGCCAAUAUCCUCACUAUCGUCUGGACGAUCUUCUGUCUGAUCAUGUACUCGUUCCCAUCGUCGAUGCCGGCCAAGACAUCGAACAUGAAUUAUGUGUGCGUUGUGUAUUUUGUUGUGGUUGUCAUCAUGCUGGUGGAUUGGUUUGCUCGCGGACGUCGAUCGUUCAAGAGCGACAGUAUGGGUGAGAAGAUGGAGGUGAAGGUUGAGGAUUCUGCCAGUGAAUGA